AUGAACAGCUCAGUAACUCUGGAGGACCUGGGGCUCCUCCUCAAAGAUGGUCUGAAGAUCCCAGAAACCCUGAUCGUAGAGGAGAUCUCUGAUAGUUCUGAGUACAGCCCCCAAGUGUCUUCCAUUCUGACCCCAGAGCAAGACACUCAGAAACGCUGGGAGCAGCUAGAACAGUGGGUGGCAGAUCUGCAGGCUGAGGUGGUCUGCCUUCGAGGGCACAAGGAGCGUUCAGACCAAGCUGUCCUGAGCUUGUUGCGGGAGCUGCUCCAGAUCCGGGCCCAGAUACAGGUACAAGACUCUGAGUUGGAGCUGAUCCGUGAUGAGGUGAAGCAGCUUACCCGGAUACCAGAGAAGGAAGCCUGUGAGCUCUCCAGUGCUGCAAGUCGGAGCCACAUGGAGUCAAUGGAGAAAAGGUUGGUGGAGGUCCGAGAGUCCCUAGCCCAAAUUAGGCGGAAACAGGCUCUCCAUGAUACAGAAAAGAAAAACUUUGAGGCAGAACUACACCUCAGGUUGGACAAGCUGAGUGGGGACCUAAAGGAAGAAGCGGAGGGGCGGGAAACAGCCUGCAAUGCCCUGAGGCAGAACCAGGAAGAGAAUGCCUGCCGAACGAGUCGGGAUAUUGCUGGGAUACAGGCUCAGGCACUUCAGCUUGGAGAGGAGAUGAGUCUCAAAUUCCUGAAAAGAGAAGCCAAGCUUUGUGGCCACCUUCAGAAGAACUUUGUGGCCAUUGAGAAGAAAAUGAAAGUUUCUGAGAGCAUAAGGCUCAAAUCUGAGAAGAACCUCUGGGAAGAACUGGAGGUCAAAUGGCAGAAAAUCCAGGUGCUAAAUGAAGACCAUUUCCGAAGCCUGAAGCACCAGCAAGAGCAGGAAGAGUCUCAUCUCUUAGACCAGUGUCGAGCCCUGGACAAGGCCGUCAUCCAGCUGACUGAUUUUGUGAGAGAGAACCAGACAUCGCUCAAUACUAUCCUCCAGGCAGAGCAGAAGAAUAGAGAAGCUCAGGAGCAGUACGAGAAGGAGAGCAUGGAGAAGUUUACCUCGCAGAUGCACAACGACAUCUCAGCUGUCAGGGAGUCUUUUGGCAAUGCACAAAGGGAAGCUCGCAGCGAACUGGAAAAGAUCCAAGAAAAGAGUCAGGUCUUGGAGGAGUCCAUUGGCCAGUUGGUCAGGGAGGUCAGAGACCUGAGUGACCACUUCGUGGCUUUGAGCUGGAAAUUCGACCUUCAGGAACAGACCCUGAACCUGAGAAUGUCUGAGGCAAAGAAGGAGUGGUCAGAAGAGGAGAAGAAAGCACUAGAGAAAAUCAUUCAGUGGCAGAAUGAGACAAUAGUGCACUUGAAAGAACUACAAGAGAAAGUGGAAAGCUUCCUCAGGCAGAUAGGAGAUGUGAAUGACAGGUGCCUCCUGCAUAGAAGUGACUCUGAUCAGAGAAUAAUCACUGAGAGUAAAGCCCGGGAACAGGAGAUGGAGAUAGUGAAGCAGGAGUUGGCCGUAGUGCUGUCUGCCUUGCAGCUGCUCAAGGAGGACAAUCCUAGCAGGAAGAUAGCUGAGAUACAGGGCAAGCUGGCCACGUUUCAGAAUCAGAUAAUGAAGAUGGAAAACAGCAUACAAGACAACAAGACAAUACAGAACCUGAAAUUUAAUGCUGAAACCAAACUGAGGGUAGAGGAGAUCGCUCACCUCCGGGAGAAUGUGAUGAAGCUAUGGAGUGAGGAAGGACCCUGGACCCUGACGCUUGGUAGCAAAAAAAUGCUCAUGUCCCUUGUGAGACAACGAUUUUUUAUCAAGGAUGUAGGCCCUGACGAGGUCACCCAGAUAAACAGAUGGGGCAUUUAUCAGGCAGUGAGGUGGCUGAAAUGGAAAGCAAUUUUACUCAAGCUUUUAGCUAAGGGAAGGCCAAGAAAAGUCUAUCAUCUCAGGGGUCCUAGUGGAGAAGCCUGCAGAUCUGGAGCCUAUUCAUUGGCCUGA